AUUCCAUUUCCACCGGAAGUUUACAACAAGAUCUUGCACGUUGCUUGUUACAAAUUGUUUUGUGUGGCAUGUUCAUAACAUUUCAUUAAAACAAUGAAUGCUGAAGGUACCCAGGUGCUUUUGUCUGUAGAAGCAGAAGCUUAUGUCGAACAUUUAGUGAAAUUUGGCAUCAAAGAUGUUGGAGGAAGAGAUUGGAGCAGACAGCAUGAGAAUAUGGAGAAGCUCAACAUGCAGGCAGUGCUUAAUGCGACAGCUCAGGAAGAUGAGUUCAUCAAAGAUUUCCUCAUCUCGUGUGGCAAGGUCAACGUAGUUGUUCAUGAUCUGAUCUUAACAGAAGUUUGGAAAGAGAAGAUAUUUCCCGUACUUGUUGACAUGAACUUUGAACCCAAGACAACAUUCCCUAUAUACAUGGUGCUAUACCAUGAGGCCACAGCAAUCAAUCUGCUCGAGACGACCAUGUUUUACCGUGAGACCUGUGAAGCGGCCGACGAUUGUCUGCCGGACCUCGUAGAUUACUGCUACAGGAGACUGAUUCAGCUGGCAGCCAGGUCUGAGGAUCCCGAGGAGGAGGAUGAACCAAAUGACCCAACCCUGUCCCCCGAGACCCACACUGGAAACAUGGAGGAAUUGCAAAAACAGGAGAAGAAGUUGAAUUUUGAGAUUUGUCUCAAGGCAGUAUCUCUACUGAGAUAUAUAACAGACGACUUGGAGAGCCUUCCUUUGAGUGUCAUGACCCGAAUGUUGAACACCCUGGACAUUCCCAUUCUGCUGGUUCAACUGGUAGAGAACCCACCCUGGACCAAAAGGAAAGAUGGAAAAGUAUUCAAAUUCAUUGACAGCAAAUGGCAGGAGUUGGAUUUUCAGGAGAGUUUCAAAAUCACAAAGAUUGAGGGACAAGUGUGGCUAGCAUUGUAUACCUUACUGAUGAAUGGAAAAUGUCAACAGAAGUAUGACCUCAAUACCAACAGAAAAAACAGCAUCCUUAAGUUGAGGUCCCACUUGAAUGAGGUGAUGUUGGACCAGCUUCCAAUCCUUGUGGAGAUGCAGAGGUACCUGGAGCACCUUUCAAUGAUGGACCCUCCUGCCCCCGCCCGGGAACUCAUUCUAGAACAGGUGCCUGAGAUCAGAGAGAAGAUACUGACAGACAACAAAGGAAAGUGGAAAAAGAUCGCCAAGAAGCAGUCCCAGACAUGUUUCAAUCCCUCGACGGCUGAUGUCCAGGCCCAGGCUAAACGGUGGGCAGACACCUAUAACUUUGACGUACUAGAGGGACUGCUGACUGACCCCCCUAAGUGUGCAGUGUGUGGGGCGGAGGCCACCAAGAGGUGUUCACGAUGCCAGAACGAGUGGUACUGUCGCAGAGAGUGUCAGGUUUCUCAUUGGAAAAAGCACAAGACUGCAUGUGAUCUCAUUGUUGAAACUAAUGAAUCUGUGAAAGCCAAAGGAUAACUAUAGUGAAUGUAGGGGAGAUAACUAAGUCCAAGAAAGGGAGAUAAACAGGCAAUAAUCAGAACACUGGCUCUAAGAUCUCGGGUGACAUAAUGAUUACUGCAUGUUGUUUGUCAUCCAAACCAAAGCAUGAAACAUUCCAAUAUAUAAAAAGGGCUGAUGUGGUUGUAUGCAUGUUGUCAACACUUUUUUAAAAGUUUAUUGACGACGAAAAAUUCAUUACUAUAAAUCAUGUUGCAGUUUCCUCUCAAAGAGGAGGUCAUGAUUGUGAGCUUUUAUUUAUUUUUUAUUUUUUACUCAUAAAUGUACAGAUAUUUAUCGUUUUUCAUCAGGAAUAAAAUCUUACAAAAGUU